AUUAGCGUUAGUUUCCGGAGUAUUACGUUGUAAAGUAUGUGGCAAUAGGAAACAAACGUUGGUUUUACACUACCUUUUCACAGUAAAUUAAUGUAAUGUAUUCGUGUUGUAAGCCAGUUAUAGUGCAAUAUGUUACGGUACAUACUGGAAAAUGAUAGUCAUUUUCCUUCAGUUUUAAAAUGAAACUUGUAGUUGUAUAAUCAUACAAAUUCCAGUACUCGUUUGAAUUUUUUUAGUGUUAUCUGUAUCGUAGUCUCACACUACAACUAACAAGUUUGGUGCUGAUGUUGCUACUUUCCAUUUACAACCAAGCUUGUUUGGAAAUUAAGUGUUACAACUCACAGUUUUUCACUGUAUUUGGUAGUCAUGUUACUGUUAGCAAACUAAUGUUUUAAUCAUUUUUUAAAGUUGUACAUUUUGUGACAAUUUUAUUUUAUCCAAAUGAUAAAGUAAUGAGUAAGUGUUCAAGAAAACAAACACCAGUAUUGGUUGCCUGAUAAUUCAGUAUUUCUGAUAAAAAGAAAACACAAACAUUUGCCAGGUGUACAGAAAAAUAAAAGGAAUUUCUAAGGUGGCUCAGUGUUUCAUCUAAUGACUACUGUGUAUGGAUGACAGGGUGCGCCACGUUACAGAACAAAUAUGGUUAGCUGGAAAAAAAAGAUCGAGAAGGAGACGGAAAGGAAGAUAUAUGCAAAUAACCAUGCCUAUAAUGAGCCAUUCAACUAUGCUAAUAAUUACAUCAAGACCUCAAAAUAUACCAUCCUGACCUUUCUACCAAGGAAUUUAUUUGAACAGUUCCAACGAUUAGCUAAUUUCUACUUCUUAUGCUUAUUGAUAUUGCAAUUAAUUCCACAGAUAUCUUCCUUAACACCAAUUACCACUGCAGUGCCUUUAGCUGUUGUGCUUACUAUUACUGCACUUAAGGAUGCCAUUGAUGAUAUUCAACGACUUCGUAGUGACAAUCAAGUAAAUAAUCGAAGUUCUCACGUGCUACGCAAUGGAAAACUUGUAGAUGAACGAUGGCACAAGGUACAAGUUGGAGACAUAAUAAGAAUGGAGAAUGAUCAGUUUGUUGCAGCUGAUUUAUUGCUGUUAUCCACUAGUGAACCCAAUGGACUUUGUUACAUAGAAACUGCAGAACUUGAUGGGGAAACAAACUUGAAAUGUAAGCAAGCCCUACCAGAGACUGCUGAAUUAAUGGAAGACAACGUAAAGAUAGGAGAGUUUAAUGGUGAAAUUACUUGUGAGCCUCCAAACAAUAAUCUGAAUAAAUUUGAAGGAACUCUUAAAUGGAAGGGUAAAACCUAUUCCAUUGACAAUGAAAAAAUGUUGCUUAGGGGCUGUAUUUUACGGAAUACUCAGUGGUGCUAUGGGAUGGUGAUAUUUGCGGGUUGUGACACAAAGCUAAUGCAGAACAGUGGGAAAACCAUCUUCAAGCGCACAAGUCUGGACCGUUUGUUAAAUGUUCUAAUAAUUGGGAUUGUUUUCUUCCUGCUCAGCAUGUGUCUAUUCUGUACUAUAGCAUGUGGAGUGUGGGAGACCAUUACAGGACAGUACUUCACGAUUUAUCUUCCAUGGGCCUCCCACAUUCCUGAGGACAACACCACUAGUGGGGCUACUGUUAUAUCUCUUCUUGUUUUUUUUUCUUAUGCAAUAGUAUUGAAUACUGUUGUACCUAUUUCUUUGUAUGUAAGUGUGGAAGUUAUUCGUUUUGUCCACAGUUUGUGGAUUAACUGGGAUCAAGACAUGUAUUAUGGAGUGAAGGACACGCCAGCUCAAGCACGGACCACAACUUUAAAUGAGGAACUUGGACAGAUAGAGUAUGUUUUCUCAGACAAAACAGGGACCCUCACCCAAAAUAUUAUGAUAUUCAAAAAAUGUAGUGUUAAUGGCCAUAUUUAUGGGGAAAUACUUGACCCUGUAACAGAAGAGCCACUGGAAAUCACAGAAGAUAUGAAACCUGUUGACCUUUCUGGUAAUCCUCUGUAUGAACCAAAGUUUAAGUUUUAUGAUCAAACUCUUCUUGACGAUUUGAAGAGUGGAAAGAAGGACGUUUAUGAAUUUUUUACUCUCUUAGCUAUAUGUCAUACAGUGAUGUCUGAAUAUAAAGAAGGUCGACUAGAAUAUCAAGCCCAAUCUCCAGAUGAAGAAGCCCUUACUUCUGCUGCUAGAAAUUUUGGUUUUGUGUUUAAAAAUCGUACACCAAAAAGCAUUACCAUUGAAGUGAUGGGAAAGGAACAAGUAUAUGAAUUACUGGGGAUCCUGGAUUUCAACAAUGUCCGGAAACGCAUGUCUGUAAUACUUAGAAAAGAUGGCCAAUUGAAGCUUUAUUGUAAAGGUGCUGAUUCUGUGAUAUUUGAACGUCUUAACGCAGACUCAUUUGAUAUGAAAGAAAAAACUAUAGACCACCUUAAUAAAUUUGCAAGUGAAGGACUACGUACCUUGUGUCUUGCAAUGAAAGAUCUUGAGGAAGAAUACUUCACACAGUGGAAAGAGCGGUUUGAGGAAGCAGUAACAUCAAUGGAAAAUCGAGAAGAAAAGGUAGACUGUGUUUACGAGGAAAUUGAGAAAAACCUUCAUCUUAUUGGAGCAACAGCAAUAGAAGAUAAACUACAAGAUGGAGUCCCUCAAACCAUAUCUAACUUAGCUAUAGGUGGAAUAAAAAUUUGGGUUUUAACAGGAGACAAACAAGAAACUGCCAUUAACAUUGGCUAUUCCUGCCAACUACUGACUGAUGAGAUGGUAGAUAUUUUCAUUGUGGAUGGGAAUGAAGACUAUGUAGUGAGAGACCAAUUGAAUAAAUUCCAACAAGAUAUCAGAGGAAUCUUAUGUUCCAAGGAUGCUCCUUUAAAUUUAAGUACUGUUACUUUCACUGAAGUAGAAGAAGAAUUUGGAGGCUUUGGUCUUGUUGUUAAUGGUAACAGUUUAGUGCAUGCUCUAAAACCAGACAUGGAAGAACUGUUUUUGUCUGUAGCAUCACAAUGUAAAGCUGUGAUUUGCUGCAGGGUGACACCAUUACAGAAAGCUCUGGUUGUUGAACUUGUCAAAUGCCACAAGAAAGCAGUUACUCUUGCUAUUGGUGAUGGAGCUAAUGAUGUCAGCAUGAUUAAAACUGCCCAUAUAGGUGUUGGUAUCAGUGGUCAAGAAGGGAUGCAAGCUGUUUUGUCUAGUGAUUUUUCUCUUGCCCAGUUUCGGUUCUUGGAGAGGUUACUUCUGGUUCAUGGCCGCUGGUCUUACUUCCGUAUGGCUAGAUUCCUACGUUACUUUUUUUACAAGAACUUUGCUUUUACACUUUGCCACUUCUGGUUUGCUUUUUUUUGUGGGUUUUCAGCACAGACUCUGUUUGAUCCUGUAUUCAUCUCUUUUUACAAUGUGUUUUACACCUCUUUACCUGUCCUGGCUCUUGGCAUUUUUUAUCAGGAUGUGAAUGAGAGGAACUCUGUCCAAUAUCCCAAGCUCUACAGUCCAGGACACUUGAACCUGCUUUUUAAUAAAAAAGAAUUUUUGAAAAGUGUGGUAAAUGGGUUAAUUUCUUCUUUUGCUCUCUUCUUCAUACCAUAUGGAAGUUUUUUUGAAGGUGUGGCAUCAGAUGGUGUAAAUGUGGAUGGACACCAGUUAUUUGGUACUGUGGUGUCAACCAUCUUGGUGUUAGUAGUCACUGCUCAGGUGAUGCUGGAUACAGGGUAUUGGACAUUCUUCAAUCAUAUUGUCAUUUGGGGUAGUGCUAUUUUCUUUUUUGCAAUGACUUUUUUCAUCAAUAGUAAUUUUAUUGGAAAUGCAUACUUAGGCUCAUUUCGGAUGGCACUGUCUUUAGCACAGUUCUGGUUUACUGCUUUCCUCACACUUGUUGUGCUAAUUGUGCCUGUCAUAGCAAUUAGGUUCUACUGUGUUGACAAGAAUCCUACCUUAUCUGAUAAAGUGCGUCUGAAACAAAGAAAUGACAAUCGAAUUCAUGCUAGAAGAUUAAUAUCACAGACAAGAGUGUCAAGUAUUCGUCGAAGCCAAAGACCUCACUCAGGUUAUGCUUUUGCACAUCAAGAAGGAUUUGGUAAAUUAAUUACAAGUGGAAAGAUCAUGAAGAAUAAAUCAAUGCCCCUUCAACUUCCAAAGUUCACAAAAGUAGAAGUUUAGAUAUAUAUAUUUUAUACGAGUGAAGUUCAGGAUUUGAUACAACCUGCUAACUAAUUAUAACAGUUUCUUAUAAAAUUGAUAUGAUUGAAAAGUUUAUAUCACAUACAAGUAUUUUCUAUUUGACCAAAUGUAUGUUGACUUUAAUUUUUCAGAAAUAGAGGUUUCAGCUAAUGUGAAAAAUGUUCUAGCAUCAAUUACAUGAUGUAACAUAUCAAAAGUUCUUGUUUUCCUAAGAACUACAGGCUAAUUUAAAGUUUUCAUUUGAACAUAACAUUUAAAGCUUUUGAAUUGUGUGUGUGAUAUUCUAAUUAGUUUGAGGGUAUUAGUAAGAUGCAUAUGAUGCUGUAAGAAUGCAUGCACUUGCAAUAUUAAACAGAAAUACAUUAUUUUCAAUGGGUUAUAUGUAGAAUUUUUAUAACAUAGUGAACAUUUCCACAUUUAUGGAUUAAGUGUUUAAUGACUUAAAGUAUUUAAUGAAUUUUUUUAGAUGUGUUUAGUUAAUGCAUGAGUAUAUCUAUUAAUACCUAUUUAAAAACAUGAAAGUUAUUCUGUUAUAUAUCAAGUUGUAUUAUUUUGGGAUUGACAAAUCAUUAAUAGCUACAUUAAAAUAUAUAUAUAUAUAGCUUGAGGACUUAUUUUUUAAAUAAAAGGAGUUGAAAUAAUCUAUUAUCUUCACACUACUUUCUAAAGGUAACAUGAUUUGUUUUCUUUAGUUCCAUUUUCUUCUAGGUAAUAUUAGAAACUCACAAUUGUGUAUUAUACCUACUAUCACUCUAACUUCAUAAUUUAAAACUUAAACACCUGGAGCUAAAACUCUGUAUCAUAACUCAUUGAUCACUAAGCCUAAACUGUGACCACAUUUUAAUUUUAAAAGAGUAGCCAUUAACUAGAGAACUAUAUUCAUAUAUGCUAACUACCUCAGAGGUUAUCUGAACAAGUUAUUAUUUAACCUUCUGUUUUCAAACUUGUUUAUCCCAAUGCUUUCUCUGACAGUUUUUAUUAAGGUACAAAUGCUUGUUAGUUUUUAAAAAAACGUCCAAUUGUAGCAAUUAAUCUCAAGCAAACAAAUGUUAUAGUUGUAUACCACAUAAAGAUUUCCACCAUUCAAACUUGAAAUGUGUAAUGACAAAGUGAACAAUAAAUAUGUAUGUGAAAAAAUGCCCUAUAAACUUGUAUUGAAAUACUUCAUCAAUAAAUCAAUGAAAUUUCUUACAUGAUACAAAUUCAUUAUCUUUUUUUGUUAAAUAUUUAUGCACGUAAUCUCCCACUAUGAAAAAUUAUCAUUAUUUAAGUAAAUGUUUUGUCUGGUGGUCUUUUUUUUAUUUUCAAGUCUUAGUUGUAUUUUAAAGUUAAUAAAUAAUUCUGUUUUGCAUAUUUUAUUGAUAAUUCUUGGAUGUUUUUUAUAUAAUUUCAUUAAGUUUGAGAGUAUUAAACGUUACAAAUAUACUUGUAAAUCUACAGAACUGAAGAUAAAGGUUUACAUUAAUGAUUUCUUUCUGAAAUGGGAAGUUUUCAGAUUGAAUUAUAUUGUUAUAUUAAUGUUACUGUUAUAUAUAUGUAAUUCAUUGAAGUCUGAUUUGUUGAUGGAAUAGUAAAAGUUGUAUAUACCUUUAAUGCAAUCCUUGUCUAGUUUAAAACUAUGUCUGUUUCUUUCAGAUUUUCUAGCUGAAUAACUGAUGUUUAAGGGAUUUUUGUUUGUAGUUUUUCUGUUCUUUUUCUAAGUGUAUACACUGAACUUAUGCAAAGAGGGUUGAAAGUUCUUAAUUUGUGAAUGGAUGAAGAGAUUGUCAUACAUUUAUUGAGAGCACUAAGCACUUUUUAAUUAUCUCUUUCAUCAUUUAUGAAAAUUGAACUUUUAUUUGUAACUUACAUAAUGUGUAUUGUAGUUAUUGUGCUUGUAUGUAGUAUUGAAAAGAUUAACCUCGGAAUGAAAUUUUAACUGUAACUUGAUUGUGUGUUAGUUCAACAAUGGAGGGAGUUUAAAAAGCUGAAAUGUAAAGUCUUGAAUGAUUUCAAAGAUUAGGAGAUAUUCUUGGUCAGAACUGUUAAUACCACUUAUUUUUUAAGAUCUUAAAGCAUUUUGUUUGUUACUAACAUAUUUUUAAGUACUGUUAGUACUAAAAGCUUAGACAUUUCAUGAUGGAAUGGGAAAAUAUGUUGUGCCUUUGUCUUUAACACCUUUGUCAUCUAACAUUUAAUAUAUUUCAUAGGUUUAGUAUUCAAAAUAACAAACAUCUGUAGACAAGAAAAUAAUUUGCAAAAUGUGUGUAAAUACUCAAUAUUUAGCAUCUACUGAAAGAUGAUUAUUGAAACAUUUGUAAACUGCUACUCCAGUAAGUGUCCAGAAAUACAAAGAUUUAGUGGUGGUAAGUUGUAUUUACAGACUGCAUUUAAGAUGGUUGUUUCCAGAAUACAAUACUUGAAGUAACAUAAUGGAAAGUCAAUAUUUAAUUAAUUAAUAAAUAAGACAUUGUCUUUAUCUAAUGACAAAUAUGAUUGCUUAUUUUAAAACAACUUUUUCAUCAUUUUUAAAGUUAAAAGGUAUUAUUUUCCCAACAGUGUAUUUUAUAAUAAUAGUCCAGCUUAUGAAAACAAAUAACCAAAUCAAUAACAAAAUCUGAACUACCCACUCUCCCAAAUUUUUCAUCUGGUAUUAAAUAUAAUUUGUGUAAAGGAAAUAAAAACAUGAAAUUACUAAUUAUCACAACCAUAUAUGUUUUGUGAAAAAAAAAAGUUAUUAUUUUUUCAAAGUAACAUAUCCAUAAACUAUUUCGUAAGAAAAAAUUUGAUUAGUUUCCACAUUUUACAAGCAUGUACAUUAAUUAAAAAUGAAAACUAAUUAAAUAAACUGAAGCAAAGCAAGCAACUCAUACAACAUUGUUGUUUUAGAUAUCAAACACAACUUUUGUCAUAUUUUAACUUACCUUCAUGGUAUGCUAAUUAUCAUGAAGUUUUGCUAUUUGAAUCGGUACAUACUUUUCUCUUGAAAGUAUAAACAAAAUGAAAAACUAGAACUGAAUCAAAAUUUCAUCCUUCAUAGGCUCUAUAUAAACUGGUGGGAGCUAUGUUUUUAUGUUCAGUUUUUAGAUUAACUAUGAUGGCAUACAUAGCCUGGGUUAUAUAAUUUUUGACUUUUGUAUGUAUGUGGUAUCUUCCUACUUUACUCAGUUAGUUGUCUUCAGAAACUCUGACAUAUUUUGUUAAAACUUCCCAUGUUUGAUUCACACACAGUAUUUUGUAUAAUAUAGGGAGAAACUGAUUACUUACUCUUGUGGUUCGAACUGUGUUUAUCAUCAGCAUUGUUUUUGAUAUGUUAUCUUGAAUUCAGAAAGUUGUUUAUAUUUCAAUAAAAGAAUAAAUUUAAAUAUUUUAAUGCAUUUGUAAUACUGAUGUUAGUCCAUUUUAGAUUAUUUAUAAAUAAUUUGAAAAGUUAAAUAGCAUAAACUUGAAAACAUUGGUUUAUAGAAAUUCUAACCAAUUCCAAUAAGUUAUUUACUGUCCUUAUAAUUGAAAUAUAUUUUCCUAUUCAAAGAAAUUGAAAACUUUAGUUGAUUAGCUUGAUUUUCAUCCAAGUUACACAUAUUUUAAGAUAUAUAUAUAAUUACUUAAUAUCAUCCAAAGUUUUUCUACCUCAAUGUUGAAAUUGGAAACAAACGCAAGGCCCAAAUUGUUCUUGGACUUGUCACAUUCCUCUCACCCAUAAAAUUAGACAAAUGCAAAUCAAAAGAUAUCACCAGGUUUUUUACAUUACACAGGAGAAAUUAGUUUUGUUGAAGUGAAUAAAUAGCUAUGAAUGUAGUAACUUCAUCCUUUUUAUAGUUGUAUGCAUAUACAUGUAUGAGAAAACAGUUAAGAUCGUAAUUUUCAAUUUUAAAGUUUGUUGGUUAACAGAACCCCAUUUUACUUAUUUCUUUAUUAUUGUUGUUGAAACUUUGUGUUUGUCAUUUAAAGGAAGAGGUGUUAAGAGGUAUAUGUACUGCCUAUUAAUGUUUUUUGCCAUAAAUGUUUUUCAUUGGUAAGUUAGCCAAUAUUUCAUUGUAUUUAUAAAACUGAUUAUUAAAACGUUCCUUUUUUGAAA